AGAGGUAGGAGGAGCCGGUCGGACGAAAUUCUAUAUAAACAGUGAGGCAGGCAGGUCCACGAUGUUAGGGUAACGGUCCGGAAUUAAACAUCCGACGAACAGAGUGGAGUGCCAGCGAAGUCGCCAUCAGUGUCACUGCGGAAUUUAGUAACCACGGACCUUCGCUGGACUGCUGCUCGCUAACCGGGAAUCGGCAAUUUCAGUUGCAAACCUAAAAACCGCAGACUGGUCUUUUCUUCAGGCUAAAACAUGGCAGCUGUGUCAAUGGAGAAGCAGGCAGUGCAACGAGCCAGAGCAGCGUUUUUGACGGGGAGAACCAAAUCUCUGAAAUUCAGGGCUAUGCAACUGAAGGCUCUUCAGAGGAUGAUUAAGGAGAAGGAACAAGAAAUUUCUGAUGCCCUCAAGCUGGACAUUGGGAGGAGCCAGUUUGACAUGCAUCUGCUUGAGAUGAUUGGAAUAGACAGUGAGAUCAAGCUGGCUUUGGAAGAACUACCAAAGUGGUCAGCACCCCAUGCUGUAGAGAAGACUCUGCUGACCGUGACAGAUCAGGUUUACAUUCGCUCUGAACCCCUGGGUGUUGUCUUGAUCAUUGGUGCCUGGAAUUAUCCAGUUGGGCUUAUCUUGCAGCCCCUUAUUGGGGCCAUUGCAGCAGGUAAUGCUGCAGUGAUAAAACCAUCAGAGGUCAGCGCCCACACAGCAGCUUUACUGGAGCUGUUACUGCCUCUCUACCUUGAUAGGGAGCUGUAUCCAGUGGUGAACGGUGGUGUUCCUGAGACCCAGGAGUUGUUGAAGCAGCGUUUUGAUCACAUUUUCUAUACUGGUAAUUGCACCGUUGGUAGACUGGUGAUGGAAGCAGCCUCUCGAUACCUGACCCCCGUCACUCUGGAACUUGGUGGGAAGAGUCCUUGCUACAUUGACAAAAACUGUGACAUUCAUGUAGCUUGCCGCCGCAUCACUUGGGGAAAGUUUGUGAACUGUGGGCAGACUUGCAUUGCCCCCGAUUAUGUGCUCUGUGAUUCAAGCAUCCAACGUCAAGUGGUGGAGGAGAUCCAAUUAACUCUGCAGGAAUUCUAUGGUGAAGACCCUAAGUUCUCUCCAGAUUAUGGACGCAUGAUCAACAAGCACCACUUCCACAGAGUGAUGGCUUUGAUGGAGGGGACAACUGUGGCUUUGGGUGGGCAGAGUGAUGAGGAGAGCCGUUAUAUUGCUCCCACAGUGCUGGUGAAUGUAGCCCCCCAUUCCAGGGUGAUGCAGGAGGAAAUCUUUGGGCCUGUCCUCCCAUUGGUUUGCGUCCAAAGUGUGGAUGAAGCUAUUGAUUUCAUUAACCAGAGGGAGAAGCCACUGGCGCUAUAUAUCUUCUCGGAAAAACAGCAGAUAAUAAACCGCAUGAUCACAGAAACGUCCAGUGGAGGAGUGACAGUCAAUGAUGUGCUUCUUCAUUUUACCAUAGAGUCACUUCCCUUUGGGGGUGUGGGCCAAAGUGGCAUGGGCAGCUAUCAUGGGAAACACAGCUUUGAUCGAUUCAGUCCCCGCCGUGGCUGCCUUGUCAAGUCUCUGACGAUGGAAGGAAUGAACAUAGUGCGUUACCCACCGAUGAAUGCAGACAAGCUUCACAAGGCCAGAUUCUUUAUGCAGAAGCGAGUGAGGACAAAGAACUUGGGAUGGAUUUUACUUGUACUUCUCAUUAGUCUGUUGGCCCUAGCACUGCUCAUUGCCUUGGUGGUCGUUAUUCUAAAGGGGCUCAAAUGAUAACGCUCCAGUCCUCCAUGAUGUCUCAUUUCAAGAAAAAGAAGAUCAGCUAGGUUUUGUUCAAGCAUAUUGUUACUCAAUAAUUGAGGAUCUUUACCCAAAGGAAAAGAAUUAAUUUUACAGAAAAAACACUGUAUAUCUUGAUGAAAUAUAACUGGAAGACUGCAGGUAUUUUUCAUCUGCCAUCUUCUAUUGUGUGGUACAGUGAGAUCCUUUCAUUUCCAGCCAAUCUACAGUAGAAACUUUUCCAGUGUUAUUUGUCUGAAAUUUCAAACACACUGCCACAGUAUAUGACUUACAAAAGGUUCAGGAGAAUAUUAAGAAAUGACUGUUAGACGCUUGUCUUUAGUCCUGGUGUGUACCAUGAGAUAGCAUAUUCAUAUGAAAUGAAGACACAGGAGAAAAAGAAGAAAAAAUUGCUACUUGCGGAAUUGGUCUCGUCCGAUGCGAGAGAUGGACGUCUGAAGUGGAGCUCCGC